AAUUAUUUUCCUUUGUAUAAUUUAAUUAGCAAAAGGACUUGACUAAAAAGAGAUUUUGACUAAUCCUCACUUACUCUCAAAGGAACUCUCCGGCUCCAAGCGACGGGCCAAGCUUUAAAAGCCCAAUCGCCCAAUACUUCUCAAAUCGGGUUAGCAGCUAUUGAUUGAAUUCCCUGAUUUGGAUGGUUACGGAGCUAAGAAACCAGAUAGGAGGCAGCGACACCUUCAGCUUCUUGUUUGUUCAAUUGGUUUUAAGAGCUGCAGCGCUGACAUUGAGAAAAAAGUGAAUCUUUCAAUUCAAAAUUUUCGUUAAAAGCGAAUCUGAUAAGCUUAACUCAAUCCUAAAAUGUCUAUCUCUUACUCUGUGCAACUCCCGUUUCCUUCUCGGAUUUGCCCUUUUCAGAAAAAGAGCAUCGAAGGGAGACUAGGCAAUCUUCGAACUGUCCACUCCUCUAAAGGUCAACAAGAGCCUGACAAUGAUAGAAUUAGUAAAAGUCGAGACCAAGUGAUUCUAGUAGAAAGAUAUGGAAAUGGUACUAUUAAAAGAUACAUGCUACAUGAUGAUGAUUUGCAUAUUCGAACUUCUCUUGAGAAACACGAUUCAACAAGUAAUGAGUUGCAGGGCUCACAUUUAUCUGACCCAAAAUUAUCUUGGCUACCAGACAUCCUCAAAGAUUUUAUCUUGCCUGCAGGUUUCCCAGGAUCAGUUUCCGAUGAUUACUUGCAAUACAUGUUGUUACAGUUUCCUACGAAUGUUACUGGAUGGAUCUGUCACACUUUAGUUACAUCAAGUCUUCUAAAGGCUGUUGGUGUUGGCUCCUUCUCUGGAACUGCUGCUGCUGCUUCUGCUGCUGUCAUUAGAUGGGUGUCCAAAGAUGGCAUUGGAGCUAUUGGGCGCUUAUUCGUUGGUGGCCGAUUUGGAAAUCUAUUUGAUGAUGAUCCUAAGCAGUGGCGCAUGUAUGCUGACUUCAUUGGCAGUGCUGGAAGCAUAUUUGAUCUAACAACCCAAGUUUAUCCUGCCUAUUUUGUACCAUUGGCAUCUCUUGGGAAUCUCGCUAAGGCAGUGGCAAGAGGACUAAAAGAUCCUUCAUUCCGUGUGAUUCAAAACCAUUUUGCAAUCUCAGGAAAUUUGGGAGAGGUGGCUGCUAAGGAGGAAGUUUGGGAAGUAACUGCUCAGCUGCUUGGUCUUUCUCUUGGCAUACUGAUCCUGGAUACUCCUGGCCUUGUAAAAGCAUAUCCAGUAUUGGUGUCAACAUGGGCUAGCAUGCGGCUUCUUCACCUCUGGUUACGUUAUCUGUCACUUUCAGCUCUACGGUUUAACACAAUAAAUCUUAAGCGUGCUCGUAUUCUGGUAGAAUCACAUGUUUUACACUCUAGAGUUCCUGGAUGCAAUGACUGCAAUAGGGACGAAAAUGUUUUAUCAUGGCAGAGAUUCAUAAAGCCACGGAUUAUUUUUGGUGCGCCCUUGGAGGAGAUGUUAGUUGGUGGGAGAUCCACUUCCAUGCUGAAGACUAUCGUGAGAAUAUAUGAGAGGGAGAAAUAUAUUCUCGUGGUGAACCAACGGCAAAAAGAUUUUGAGGUCUUUGUUUCAUUCAAGGUGGGUGCUACAAGUGUAUCCGUUUUGCGUAGCGUGUGGCAGACAUAUUGGCUACACGAGAACUUGAACGUUUCUGCAAAUAUCUUUGAUCAGCUUGCAAAAAGUUUGUCUGAGAUGGAUGAUAGGUUCGAGGAAUUCAUCCAACAGUUGGGUAAAGCUGGAUGGGAUACUCAUCAAAUUAAUUUGAGGGUCCCCAAGGAAAUCUCCAUUGACGAAUAUCCUGUUUAACGCUCAAAUUAUGAUGAUCAAAUAGCAUCUUUCCCAGCAGGUGCCAAAGCUGCCUUGUGCCUGUAAAAAAGUGCAACUGGACAUGCUUUGCAAGUUGAGUUAUCAGGGAAUGAUGCAAGUGUUCCAUGCAGCUAAGGCACUGAGCUAUGAGGACCAAGGCCAACCACCUUCCUCGAAAGAUAAUUUUGAUGCGGCAACGAACAUUGGAGGGUACAGUAUAGAGUUCCAGUACAACUGCUAAAGCUUGAAAUGUAAUUGGUUUGCUGACUGUUUUUUAGGCGAAUGGUGAAUACAUUCUUUUAAGGAUACAUUUAGGCACUUAAAAUUGACAUUAAUUCAACUAUUAAGUAUUUCUUUUACUUCUUUAAGAGUUAUUAUAAAAUAAAAUGUAAA